AAUAAGUAGGACAAGCCGCUUCCUGGUUCUCAGAAAGGAGGAGCUGCUGGGAGUCGGAGUGGGCGAGCGGAGGCAGAGCGCCCUGUGUGUGUGCGGGGGGGUCAAAGCAGCCCAGAGAGCCGGCGGUCCGUGGAGACAACGGGAGGAGAGCAGGACAGGGGACAGGACAUUUUGGUGAGGAUAAAGCUCCUGCCGCGCGCUGAAGUGGGGACGGAGCCUACAUUAAAGAAGACACGCGCUGGGAUUAUUUUUUAAAGGGGGGGAAUUUAAAGCUGUAUAAGAAGUCGUCAGGGUGGGACAAAUCCAGGAAGUGUCGGUCAGGUGGGAGGCGACGAGUUGGGACAGGUGACACACCGGCACUCAGGUUUACCGUAUGAUCUCUGGCCUCUAAGUAAAAGACAAAGGAGGAAGGGAUAAUCGUACGAGAGACGGACAGCAGGCACCCAUCGUCUCCUGGGUUUAUGGACUGGAGGUGGCGAUGUCUCCAGGAGAGGACGGCCUGAUUGGGAUCCCCUUCCCGGAGCACAGCAACGAGCUCUUGUCCCACCUCAAUGACCAGAGGAGGACAGGACUCCUGUGUGACCUCACCCUCACCUCCCACGGGGCUCGCUACCCGACGCAUCGCUCCGUCAUGGCGGCCGUCAGCCUCUACUUCCGCCGGCUGUUCGGAGCGGAGGAAGGCGGCGGCGAGGGUGGCGGUGGCUUCAGCGUCUGCCAGCUGGACUGUGUGGCCCCCGACGCCCUGGACGCCCUGCUGGAAUUCGCCUACACCGCCACGCUCACCAUUCCCAGCUCCGGGAUGAGAGAUGUGCUGCGAGGUGCUCAGCUCCUGGGCAUCCAGUGUGUGGCUGACGCCUGCAGAGACAUCCUCGGGGAGACGGGGGACGCAGAGGGGGACACGGCGGGGGAGCAGAGACCCCAGCAGAUGACUAGCGAGAGGACGGCAGCGACAACGAACGUUGUAGAGAAAAUAUCCAGAAGAAAAACGGACAAAAAGAAGUUGAAAAAAGUCGGGUUACCUCACAACAACCUGUCACCGUUGAACCGGCUGCCCGCCUCUCCUGACAGCGUUCGCUCCCUGCCCCCCACCCAGCCUCCCAGCCCCGAACCGGAGAAAAUGCAUCCCAACCUCGGGCAAAACGGGGAUCUGAGGGCCAUCAGAGAGCCUGGGAGAGGGGCCACACUAAACGGAGGGCUCCUUCACUGGUCGCAGGAGCAGCCUCGGAUAGCCCACCAGCCUCCCAUCCAGAGCAACAAGCUGUCUGAGGAUGAUGACAUGGAGGGGCUAGGUGACAAUAUCAUGGUGAUGGGGUCCAGCUCCUUGCCCACCUCUACGGCGGAUCGAGGCACAGCCCCAUCAGCGGCAGGAGGGGGAAGGAAGAGGAAGUCUCAAAUGCCCCAGCAGUGUCCUGUCUGCCAGAAGAUCAUUCACGGAGCGGGAAAAAUGCCGCGCCACAUGAGGACACACACCGGAGAGAAACCCUUCCAGUGCUCUGCCUGUGGCGUCCGCUUCACACGCAACGAUAAGUUGAAGAUCCACAUGCGGAAACACACGGGCGAGCGGCCCUACUCCUGCCAACACUGCCCCGCGCGGUUCCUCCACUCGUACGACCUCAAAAACCACCUGUCCCUCCACAGCGGGGCGCGGCCCUUCGAGUGCCCGCUCUGCCACAAGGCCUUCGCCCGAGAGGACCACCUCCAGCGUCACCGCAAGGGUCACAACUGCCUGGAGCUGCGCACCCGUCGGCCCAGGCGAGUCCCCGAGCUGGGAGAGGAAGGAGGUGAGAACGAAGGCACCAGGGAUCACCCCAGCCCUCUGUCUCUGCAGGCCCACUCCUCCAUGUUCCAUCCCCGCUCCAUGUUGGAGGUUGGGGGCGGGGCCGGCGGCGGCGGCCCUUCUCUGUUAUUCCCAGGCAGCAUCGACAGGGAGAGGUCGCUGACCCUUCAGGCUCUGGCCCAACUCGCCCCCCAGAGGCUGGCCAGCUACCCCGAGCUGUUCCUGCGAGGGCUUGACAUGCGAGGCGGUAGAGAGGCGGAGAGAGAAGAUCCCGGAGGAACUCGCUCGCCGACUCUGCAACGAGAAAGAUGGGCCGAUGACGCGGAAGACGAAGAAGCAGAAGAAGAAGGGGAAUAGUAAAAAAAAGACUGUUUAUGUGGUAAACUAUCCACAGUAAAAAAAUAAUAAAAAUCAUCUCAGGUGGCUGGACUAAUGACCUGCUGCUCCCAUACAGAGAGCACUUAAAAGAACUUAUCAAAAUACGUUUAAGAAAAAAAAAAAAAAAAAAA